UCCUAAAAUCUACAUUAGGGUUGUGUCUUUUGAGCAAUUAUAAACGAUAGCAGCGAUACUCAAGGCUUUUAAUUGAGUUUCAUUGGAGCUAUACAACUGUGCAUGAUUUUUGGAGUUUCGUUUCAUUCAGAGGACUUGAUUCUAGGAUCUUUCGAGGCCUCUUUGGAUUAGAUUCGAGGAGACGAUUACAAGAUGGCCCAAGAAUGUGAUGCAUAAUCGCUGUAUUUGUUGUGCAGUUGUUUUCAUCAUAUUGUUCUUCACCUUAGCAUUCAUCUCACUUCUAUUUUUUUACAUUGGAAUGUUUUUGAAAAGAUAAAAUAUAAGUUAUACWUAUUAAUACAAUUCAAAAUGCUGGCUCAAAUUUUACGAGAGAUGUACAUUGAUCCUGAUAUUUUGGCUGAGUUGCCAGAAGAACAAAAGCAAAUUUUGUUUGUKAAGAUGAGGGAAGAACAAGUGAGAAGAUACAAUGAGAGGGAAAAAGACUUUGAACACCAGGAAAAUAACACCAUCAAGGCAAAAAACAAAGAAAAUAAGAAAAAYGUCCAUUACCUGAUAGCAGCUGAUGGGAAUCCUUGGGUGUGGGUGAUUGAUGAUGACUUGGAUUUAAAAGCUAAAGAACAAGAAUUAAAAGAAGAUCAGCUUGCAGAGCAGCGAGCUAUGGAACAAGCACACAAGGAAGCUAAGGAGCUUAUGAAGAAAGAACAGGAGAAACUAGAAGAGGAAGAGAGAAAGCUCAAAGAAGAACAAGAACGACUUGAAAGGGAGGAGGCGGAAAAGGAAGCUCGAGUAAAAAAGUUGCAAGAAGAAGCAAGAAAACUCGAAGAAGAAAGAAAAGAAGCGGAACGAAAGCAGCGCGAGGAACGACGAAAGCAGGAAGAAAAACGAAAAGCUGAAGAAGAAGCCAGGCGUAAAGCCGAAGAAGAAAAAGCUGCUCGCGCUAAGAAGGAAAUGGAAGAAAGAAUGAGAAAGAUGGAAGAAAGGAAGCGAGAGGCAGAGAGAAAAGCAGAAGAGAAGAGAAAAGAGUUGGAGAAACAACGACGACAAGAAGAAAUGAAGAGACUGGAAGCUCAAAGACAAGAGGAACUGAAACGAUACGAAGAGAUGAAAAAAGCUCAGGAGCUUGAGCGACAAAAAGAAGAAGAAAGGAGGCGUAAGCAAGAGGAGGAAGAAAAGCGAAGACGCGCGAAAGAAGACGAAGAAAGACUGAAGCGAGAAGCACUAGAGAAACUGAGACUUGAGAAGGAAGCACAACUCAAAGCUAAGAAACUUGAAGAGGAGCAGCGAAAAAUAGAAGAAGAACGAAAACUUGAAGAAGAACAAAGAGAAAAAGACAGAAAACGAAAGUUAGAGUUACAACGACUUCGUGAGGAAAGACUGCGCGAGAAGAUGAAACGAGAAGAAGAGCUCGUUCAACAGGAAAAGCGAAGAGCACAAGAGAUCUACCAAAGUCUAAAGAACGUCAGAGAACAAGUAAAACGAAAAGAAGAAGAAGAACAAAAGCAAUUAGACGAAGCUUGGAAGCUAAGCGAAGAAAAAGCUAAAGAAGCCGAGAAGGAAAGACGAAACUCUGUGAGUUUAGCUCGAAGAGAAGUUUUAAGAGAACGAUGGCUUGCUGCCAAGAGAAGACAUACAAUGGGUAAAACACUAACGAUUGAAGCACCACACAGUCCGCCAACAUUGUCCACUCGUAGUGGGUCAAUAACAGUUAAACCUAACCGUGCUCCUCCACCAGUUCCUAGUCACCCUCCACCAGCUAUCCCCAACAAAAAACCACUUGAGAAAACUCGAUCAAAAUCUCCACCAGAACGACCCCCACCACCAAACCGAAAUCGCCCUUCGUCAACUCAAGGAAAAACAAACGAUUCUCAAGUGCCUGUUUCAAUACCUGUCCCAGUCCCUCCAAAGAGAGGACGAAAACCCAAGUCACGAGUCGAUGUUAUUGAGUGGUUUCGUGAGGAAGAACUUCCAAAGCGGGCCUGUUAUUUGGGCGAAAAUGUUCUUCCAUAUUUCCAUGGAAUAAUUUCACGCCAAGAAGCGGAAGAGUUAUUACUUAAUAAGAAAACUGGUACAUUUCUCGUUCGGGUGAGUGAACGCGUUUGGGGUUACACAAUUACUUAUCGCUCAGARGGACGUUGUAARCAYUAUCUAGUGGACAGCAGUGAAAAUACCUAUCAGUUCUUUGGACAUAACCAAAUAGCGCACCCCACAUUAAACGACCUGGUCGAAUUUCAUAAGAUUCGACCGAUUUCCGGUAUGGGACAAGAAUUAUUGCAGUUCUCGUGUGGACAAGAAAAGGAGCCGCCAGACUACCAAGAACUAGUUGAGCUUGCAAAAGACCAGGARAUGACAUACUUUUGAUAGGUGAAUUGACAAUUUGAGUUGGCACAUCAUAUAUGCAUUUCAGUCUACAGCACGAUCAUAAGCAUUUCCCAAGAAAGCUCUGCAAAAUGGCUUUUUUUUUUUCGUUGCGUCACAAAUUUUCCUUGAAUCGGAAAGAAAACGAAAAAUGUGAUAAUUCAAACAGAUAAUUCAUUAGAUAAUCAAUACGGUUCUCUUGUAGAGAAAUGAUUUAUAUUUUGRAAUCAAAUCACUCAUGUUUUAGUUCACGUCAGAUUUCUAACAGUUUAUUUUUCAGAACACUAAUUUCAUAUCUAUAGUGCAUUUCGGUCUAUAUUGGCAUGCACAUGGUUAAACUCGAAUAUGUUGAAAGGUUGAAUGAUGGAAAAAUAUAAUCCUGGAAUCAUUAGGUUGUUAAUUCUAUAUUUAGAAAAUGAAUUAGUCACACUACCCUGGUUCCAGAGGUUUCUCUGUGUUAUUCUCUGUGAAAAUCUCUCCGUUCUUCGCCGCGAAGUCGAUGUCGCCGCUUCGCGGCGAAGAACGGAGAGAUUUUCACAGAGAAUAACAUAGAGAAACCUCUGGAACCAGGUUAUAGUCACACAAGAAACGAAAAAAAGGAACGAUACAGGAACAUGAGACGUACAUAACCGUUAUGGUUAUGUACUUCUGGGAACAUAUAAGAGCAUUAUGCCAAUAGAAUGUUUAAUCAGAUUAUCUUCGAAAUAGGCAUUACAUUUAACCUGUGAAACACUAACUAAUUCUCAGCGUGUAAAAAUUAAAGUGCAAACACUAAAACCAUGAAAAMCUAAGUUAGRUAGUGCAAAACUGUACUGAAUUAWUAGCAUUAUUAGUCGAACAUAACAGUUUUGGUUCGGCUGCACGUAGAAUAUGAAUUAUGCGAAUUUGUUUGUUUUCUAUUGUCCAAUCAACACUAUUUAGAAUUAAUUAGUGCAAUUUGUUUCUUUCACGCUUUCUAGUGUUUGCACUUUAGCGUUUACACACUGGCUGUGAGACAAAGAGAACAAGAAAACUAUAGAGAAGUCCUGAAAUUAACCCGUGAAACAAAAUAUGACUGUUAACCUGAGGUUGUUAAAUAGAUACUAUUUCACGGUUUGUUUGGCUUCACUCUAGCGUUCUACAUAUUUCACGGGCUUUUGUAAAGUAUCGAUUUUUAGCAAUCACUAUAUAGUUGUUUAAGAGACAUCAAUGACAAGACAGUUGUCAGCUCUACAAAUAAUCCAUAAUUUAAAUCAAUUGAAAKUAAAACCACUGAUUGUUAACGAUAACAAGAUUUAUGAUAAACAAAACAAGUAAUGAUUUUA